CUAUCGUGUCACAGCGCCUGUUCUCAUAAGCACGUCCGCGUCCGCUCGAGUUUGUCUCCGCCGUCUCCCAAGCGGAAACCCUAACCCUGGAGGGAAGAAAUGGCUCCAAAAAGAGGUGUUAAGGUGCCCGUUCCUGGAAAGAAGAAACCGGAGAAGGUCGUCAACCCCUUGUUUGAGAAGCGCCCGAAGCAGUUCGGAAUCGGAGGGGCACUGCCGCCGAAGAAGGAUCUGCAUCGGUUCGUGAAAUGGCCCAAGGUGGUCCGGAUUCAGAGGCAGAGGAGGAUAUUGAAGCAGCGGUUGAAGGUUCCUCCGGCUCUUAACCAGUUCACUCGGACUUUGGACAAGAACCUCGCUACAAAUCUUUUCAAGAUGCUUCUCAAGUACAGGCCUGAAGACCGAGCUGCAAAGAAAGAACGGCUUCUGAAGAGGGCACAAGCUGAGGCUGAAGGGAAGACUGUUGAAGUUAAGAAGCCCAUAGUUGUUAAGUAUGGGCUCAAUCAUGUCACUUACCUUAUUGAACAGAACAAGGCACAAUUGGUGGUUAUCGCUCAUGAUGUGGACCCAAUCGAGCUUGUAGUUUGGCUGCCUGCAUUGUGCAGGAAGAUGGAGAUCCCUUACUGUAUUGUCAAAGGAAAAGCCCGAUUGGGAGCGAUCGUACAUAAGAAAACAGCAUCGGUGCUUUGUCUGACCACUGUGAAGAACGAGGAUAAACUGGAAUUUAGCAAAAUCCUGGAAGCCAUCAAGGCCAACUUCAAUGAUAAGUUUGAUGAGGUCCGGAGAAAGUGGGGUGGUGGAAUUAUGGGCACCAAAUCUCAGGCAAAAUCCAAGGCUAGAGAAAAGCUGCUAGCUAAGGAAGCUGCCCAGAGGCUGACAUAGGUCAUCUCGUCUUGUCAUUGAUGCUACAAGAUUUCAUUUUGUAGGUCUUUUGCUUGAAUUCUGUAUCUGGAUUGGCAUCACUGUUGGUUGGAUACUGUUGUUUCUUGUUUGGAGCUUUAUUCAACUUUGUUAACUUAGAAUGUGACUUAAUUUAAAUUCUCCCUUAGUAAGAAAAACU